ACGACUCUUCUCUUUACGCACUACCAUCAGGGAGGCAGAGUAAAAGUAGGGACAGUCCGUUUAAAAGUGUAACUGAAAGUAUCUUAUCUUUUCAUCAAGAAAAGGAGGCUACCACGCUAUGGAGGUUGUCGAGAAAAGCAAAAUACAAUUCGAGUAGAUAGGAAUAGUGGAGAUUCCCAUGCGUAAAGGUUGAAGGGACGGCAUCUUUGGAACAUUAACUUUAAAAAAAAAAUCCAAGUCGUAACACCUACCGAAGGAAAUGGCUAUUUCUUGGAUUUACAAAGUUUGGAUCCUGCUACUACCCAUUUUUGAUAGCGCUGUGUCCAGUUAUUCCGAAGACCAAUGCAGCUGGCGAGGGAGUGGUCUGUCCCAGCAGCCAGGCAGUGUGGAGCAGAUCUCUCUCCACUGCUCGGAGGGUGCUCUGGACUGGCUCUACCCUAAGGGGGCGCUUCGCCUCACCCUGUCCCCCAGGUUGACUUCUGCGGCAGUGGGGCCGGGGGGCAGCAGCUCAGGCCUGAUCACGGCCUGCGUCAAGCCCUCGGAGCACUUCCACGGGGCCCAGCUCUACUUGGAGAGAGACGGGGUCCUGGAGCUCCUGGUAGGGGACCGUCUGGAAACGUCUCCCCCACCCCGGGUGCGCUGCUUCAGCCGCUUGCCCGGCGAGAAGGUAGCCCUCUUCCUCCAGGCCACGCCUCACCAGGACAUCAGCCGCCGCAUUGCAUCGUUCCGCUAUGAGCUGCGAGGUGAUUGGACGGCACGCCUGUCACUCGACUCGAACCCCAUCAUCAGUAAUGAAGGUGCCUGCAGACCCUGUAACAACACAGAGCUCCUUAUGGCCGUCUGCACCAGUGACUUUGUGGUGCGUGGUAACAUCAAGGCAGUGGACGAGGACAGUGAGCUACGGGCGGCUGUAAUCAAAGUCAGCGCCACCCGAGUGUUCCGCCAGAAAUACACCCUGUUUACCGGGACCGGCCGUUUGACCCGCACGGGCGAGAUCCGGACCCUGCUGCAGUGCGGUGUCCGGCCUGGGGUAGGCAGCUUCCUCUUCACUGGCCGCGUCCACUUCGGCGAGGCAUGGUUGGGCUGCGCCCCCCGCUACAAGGACUUCCUCCAGGCCUACGCUCAGGCCAAGUUGGCCCAGCAGCUACCCUGUGAAAUGGCUGUGGACUGACCCGAGCCACCCCAAAUCCCACCUGACUACUCCCCUGAAUGAGGCUGUCCUGUGAGGCAAGCCCUAACUCGAUCAGCCCCCCCUUGCCUGUCAUUUGGUUUGCCAUACCUCAGAGUGAAAGGUGAGGAAGAUGGAAGCCUAUCCGAUGAUGCAGCUGUGGGCCGACCCUGCCAUGAAGGUCCCGUUGGAUGCAGUCUUCCCCCAAAGACUGAGGAGUUGGGCAUGGACAUUUGUAGCACCAUUCCCAGUGCAAUAUACAGUCCUGUUAAAAUAUGAAGGACACUGUGGACGAGAUGAGAUUAAAGCAUUCGGCACAGGACACAUUUUCCAAAAAUGCUUAUUCAGAAUUCUCAUAAGAGCUUUCCGUAAGAACAAGCAGAAAUUUGUCAGGAAUGGAUUCAGAGCUAUUGAGUGUGAAUUUGUGUCUUUUAAACUCAGGGAAAUAUGUGGAAAAUUCUGUGGUGAAGUUACCAUCUGUUUGGAAGUCACAUAAUUGUUAUCCCAGUGUUCAAGUACAAGGCUGUUGUUUUUCUAUGGUGGUCUUCAAAAUGGACACUCAUUUUCCAUCAAUGUUUUGUUUCAGAAAACUGGGGGAAAUCUAUCCUUUUGUGUCCAAGAUUUUCUCACAAUUUUAUAGUUGAAAGAAACAAUGGGGGACUAUUCUCAGUGUUGCAAUUAUUUAUUGGAGAUUAGGGUGGGUCUUUCUUUAUUCAAGGAUUUAAACAAAAAAAUCGUAAUUUGCACUAAUAAGGGAAAGGGAAUGAUCUGGAAAAUCUGAUGCUGCAAGCAAUGAAAACCAAAUGAAAACCUGACUAUAUGUAGCGUAGAAGAGGAGUGAUCAGAACGUAAUAAAUGUACAGAUAUUGCUAGCGCAUGAUAGUGCUACGCUAGGGUUAGCACAUGUUAACGCUAGGCUAGCACAUAUUAAUGCUAGGCUUGGGCUAGCGCAUGUUAGCGCUAGGCUAAAGCUUGCACAGCAGGUUCAAAGCACGAUAAACUCUGCAAACUAGUGAUGAACGUGCUUUUACGACAAUAGCCAACUCUGAGAUUAUAAUUUUUUCGAAGUACACACAAGGCAAUUCUGCCUUUUUGAACCCUGUUUAAAUAUUUUCUGCAGAUUUAUAAUACAGUUUACUUCAAGACUUCAUUGUGAUAUCUCAGUUUGGUUGAAAACUUUUGUUACCUUUUAAUAUGCUGUCUGAGAAACAUUGAUUUUAAUAUUUGAAAACCCCUUAUUUCGAGUUUACCAUAAUUACGUUACAACAGUGUUGCCCGUUACAGCCAUUUCGUAGCUAUUCAUACCUAUUUUGUAACUGUAAGCCUAAGAGAAAAGCUGUCUGCAAAAAAACAAGCUGCAAAAUACUACCAAAACAGAUAAUGAGAUGCUAUAAGGUCUACUGGCCCAGAUUUAUGUCAUUGUUCAAAGUUAAAUAAUUGUGUUUAUUGAGUACCCCAUUAUGAGUCAUAAAACCCGGAAAAUGAGUCAUAAAACCUGGAAAUUACACAGCUAUCAAAACGUUACUGUCAAAUUCACGAUGUGAAAUAUUAAUGGCGGAAAUUCCAUUAGAACCAUAACCAUUGUGGCGGACUAUGGGAGUUUGGCUGGAAAUGUUUCAAGUUUGUGGGACUGCAACUGCUGACAACAGCAAUAUUCCCCUCAAUGAAUGUCCAUUGGGAUAUGUCUCAAAGUUGGCAGAAGCAGUUGCAUCCAGUAGCUACCUAACUUUCACAAGCAUACGUCCGAAAUGUUGAUAGCCAUGUUGAGCCGUGAAAACUUCAAAAACAAUUUAGUCCGGCCUCCCGAGUGGCGCAGCAGUCUAAGGCACUGCAUCACAGCACUAGAGGCUUCACUACAGACCCUUGAUCUAUCCCAAGAUCGAAAAAGGGGGUGAAAUUAAAAAACGAAAAUACAAUUUAGUCCAAAUAUCAAUAAUGAAUUCUUACAGCAGUAUUAAAUGUAUUUGCGUGAUACGCUUUCAAACAGCUUUGGGGUUAGCAGUAAGCAUCUCUAGACUAGCAUGCAAAAGGAACAAAAAAUUCAUAUCCAUGGCCAUGAUGGCUAGUCAAGUUAUGUUGUCUUAUGUGUACUAAAUGGAUGAAGGGAGCAGUUAACACCAAAUUAAGUUGAUGUGCUGGAGCGGUAUGUACACAAAUAGCCGAAAACUGCCAUGCUUGCUGAUAUUGUCAAUUGUUUCUAUGUGAGCGUAAUUUUGUGUUAAUACCAAUGUGAAUGUUAUUAUGUAUAUAAGAAAUUCUAGAAACAAAAAACAACUUAUGGAGGAAAGUGUUUGUAUGUGGUCUGUGAUAUAAAAAGGCUGAAAAGCA